UUCGCUUGAUCCAAUUGUGGGUAUGGACUUCACUUGAGCAAUUUCGGGUCGUGACUUCUCUCUCUCUCUUUGUCUCUCUGCCUGUGUGAGUUGCUUUGGAGACAGUGGUGGUGUUGGCAAAUGAUGCUGGCGGGGGCGCUCUCAUGGCCGGGAAGGCCUUCCAUUGCUGCCUCUCCUCUUCCAGCUCGACAUUCUCACAUACCAAGAGCUCCCCAUUUCGUCUCUCCUCCUUUUCAUCUUGCUAGCGCCCCAACAACAAUGACACCAACCCUGUCCUUUUCUCCUCUCCGCCCUUUCCGUUGCUCCUCUUCUGCUCUUCAUGCCUCUUCCGAUUCCGCUUCUUCCGUUCCAUCCCCUUCGCCUGGUGAAGAGUCCGAUAGGGCAAAACUUGCACAGGUUUCCAAGAGGCUGGAAAGUACUUCUCGGUAUUUCAAAAGGCUAGGCAAUCUUGGUUUCUGGGGGCAGUUUGUGUGCACUGUUGUAGCUGCUGUGAUUUUAGCAUUCUCUGUUGUCAUUACGGGAAAGGUUACAUCACCAGCUACCUUUUAUGCUACUGCGGGAGGCAUGGCAGCAGCCUUUUUAUCAGUAUUCUGGUCCUUUGGCUAUAUUCGUUUGUCUGACAGGCUCCGUAGGGCAGCUAAUGAUCCUGCAAAGGCACCUCCACGUGUUGAAGUGGUCAGGAGCUUAAAAAAUGGUAUAAUCAUAAAUCUUCUAGGAAUGGGUGCGGCAAUUCUUGGCAUGCAAGCUACUGUUGGAACUUUGGUGGCUAAAGCACUCACGUCCUCAACGAAUCCAUACUACCAAGGGAUCGCUCCAGGCUCUAGCCCUGUUUUAGCCUUAGAUGUCUUUCUGGUGCAGGCUUCUGCAAACACUAUCCUUUCUCAUUUCUUAGGGAUCCUUUUCUCAUUGGAACUACUACGUUCGGUGUCCUUACCAGCUGAAGGUGUUGUGAUACCUAAGGUUGCAUAGCUGUCUGUGAAUUGGCUGGCAAGAAGAUGCAUUAGCUGUCAGUUUCCACAGGGGAUCAGUCGAUGAUGGAUAAAUGCUACAACCAGGAUGCGUAAAGUUUCAUGGUCGCUCCAUGUCUGAAGAUAUUUGGGUUAGAUUGUUCAAGAUCUGCAAUCUCUUAACUGCAUGUUAUUGUGACAAGUGGUCGUGAAAUGUUUCAUCUUUUACCAUCUGCUUCUCAUUUUACUCAAAAAGCGGGAUUAGUGAUAAUGUUCAGUGUAUAAAGAUUCCAUCCUUUUUA